AUGAAAGGGUUCUUCCAAUCCCAGAAUGCUGCUACUCAUGGGUUGAUCCUCGCAGGUUGUGUAUUACUUUUAAGUCUGGGUCAGUUUCCGAGCUGGGUCAGUGCGGAUGUCCACUACUACGAUUUUGUGUUGAAGGAGAUCAACGUGUCAAAACUCUGCUUAAAUGAUACCAUUUUAACAGUAAAUGGCUUCUUUCCUGGACCGGUAAUUCGAGUACGCAAAGGGGAUACUGUGUAUGUAAACGUGACUAACCAAGGACAUUACGGCGUCACCCUUCAUUGGCACGGGGUAAAGCAACCGAAAAACUCCUGGUCAGAUGGACCUGUAUUUGUUACACAAUGCCCAAUCCAACCGGGAGCGAACUUCACCUAUGAAGUCAUUUUCUCGGAUGAGGAAGGGACUCUUUGGUGGCAUGCUCACAGUGACUGGACACGGGUGACUGUUCAUGGCGCAAUCGUCAUCUUACCUGAGGAAGGAACAACGUAUCCAUUUCCAGAGCCCGACGGAGAAGAGGUGAUUGUACUAGGUUCUUGGUAUAAUGGGGAUUUACACAAGGAGAUAAACGAGGACUUAGAGACCCAUGCCGACAUUCCCCAUUCAAAUGGUUACUUAAUUAAUGGAGAACUUGGAGAUUUUGCUAAUUGUUCCAGAGGAACCACAUAUCGUUGGUCAGUUGAUUAUGGAAAGAGGUAUCUUUUGAGGAUAGUCAAUGCAGUGGUCGAUGAUGAGCUCUUUUUUGCAAUUGGCGGACAUAACAUCACAGUCGUCGGGUGGGAUGGAUCAUAUGUAAAGCCUGUGGAGACGAGCUAUAUCAUGUUAAGUCCAGGAAAUACGAUGGAUGUUCUUCUCACGACAAACAGGCCUCCCGGUCGCUACUACAUGGCCAGCAGACAAUUUUUGACUGAAAGUCGGGACUCACCAGACGGUUAUAUUGGUUCCGCAAUCAUAGAAUACACAGGAGACUACAACUUCUCAUUCCCCAAUUUUCCAAACUACCUGCCUCAGAGUCGAGACAUGAAAGCCGCGAUGACAUUUACGAGCUUGAUCAAAAGCCUGGCAAAUGAGGAUUAUCCCAUAAGUGUCCCAAUGAACAUAACGACAAGGAUGUUCAUAACGGUGUCAAUGAGCGAGCUUUGCAGUGAUCGUAUGGAUUGUAAUAUCACCGCAGGAUCGGGUAACAUUCUAGCCUCGAGCAUGAAUAACAUCAGCUGGGUCAAUCCAACGGUCGACAUCCUCCAGGCUUAUUACAGGAAUAUAAGUGGUUACUACACGACGGAUUUCCCGGAUUGGCCUUUGAUCAUGUAUAAUUUUACCAAGGAUAGCUAUGACUAUAAUGUUUCAAUAACUGAUCAAGGGACAAAAGUUAAAGUUUUGAACUACAAUGAAUCGGCGGAGAUAGUUUUUCAAGGAACCGCUCUUUUGGGUGGCGCAUCCGUUCACCCUAUGCAUAUGCAUGGGUACGGGUUCUACGUGGUAGGAAUGGGUGAAGGAAAUUUCAACAAUGAGACAGAUCCUCUAACAUAUAAUCUGGUCGAUCCCCCAAAAGCUAAUACUUUUAUUGUCCCCAGAAACGGAUGGCUAGCUAUUAGAUUCGUCGCAAAUAAUCCAGGUGUCUGGCUUUGGCAUUGUCAUUUGGAGCGGCAUCUCACAUGGGGUAUGGAUGUGGUUUUCAUAGUGAAGAAUGGAGACACUGAAGAAACAAGCCUUCGUCCACCCCCUCCCUAUAUGCCUCCUUGUACUGGUUAUCCAAACAAUAUCUUGACCAAGAAACGGAGCUAUGUUGGGGAUGACCAGGAUUACCUUUAA